AGGCCAGGUGAGCCCGAGAUGCCGCUGCGCUGGAAGCCGGGGCUGCCGCUGCUGCUGCUCCUGGGGCCGCUCGGUCCCUUCUCCCCAGGCGCCCGGGCGGGACCCGCGCAGGCCGAGGACGCCGUGGAGCUGCGCUUCUCCACCGAGCGGCCGGUGCACCUGGUGAGUCCCGCGUUCCUGUCCUUCACCAUCGACGCCAACCUGGCCACCGACCCGCGGUUCCUCACCUUCCUGGGUUCUCCAAAGCUUCGCACUUUGGCUAGAGGUUUGUCUCCGGCAUACCUGCGAUUUGGUGGCACCAAGACGGACUUUCUCAUUUUCGAUCCCCAAAAAGAACCGACCUUUGAAGAGAGGAGUUACUGGCAGUCUCAAGUCAACCAGGAUAUUUGCAAAUCUGGAUCCCUCCCUUCCAAUGUAGAGAAGAGGUUACAGUUGGAAUGGCCCUUCCAGGAAAAAUUGCUGCUCAGAGAACAGUAUCAGAAAAAGUUCAAGAACAGCACUUACUCAAAAAGCUCCGUGGAUAUGCUGUAUACUUUUGCAAACUGCUCAGGACUGGACUUGAUCUUUGGGCUAAAUGCCUUACUACGAACAGCAGAUUUGCAGUGGAACAGUUCUAAUGCUCAGUUGCUGCUGGACUAUUGCUCUUCCAAGAAUUAUAACAUUUCUUGGGAACUAGGCAAUGAACCUAACAGUUUCCGCAAGAAGGCUGGUAUUUUCAUCGAUGGAUUGCAGUUAGGAGAAGAUUUUGUCAAGUUGCAUAAACUUCUAGGAAAAACCACUUUCAAAACUGCGAAUCUCUAUGGUCCUGAUGUUGGCCAGCCUCGAGGAAAGACUCUCAAGAUACUGAGAAGUUUCCUGAAGGCUGGGGGUGAAGUGAUUGAUUCGGUUACAUGGCACCACUACUACUUGAAUGGACGAAUUGCUACCAAAGAAGAUUUCCUAAACCCUGAUGUGUUGGACACUUUUACUUCAUCUGUGCAAAAAAUUUUUCAGGUUGUCGAGGAGACCAGACCCCACAAGAAGGUUUGGUUAGGAGAAACGAGCUCUGCGUUUGGGGGUGGAGCACCCUUGCUGUCCAACACCUUUGCGGCUGGCUUUAUGUGGCUGGAUAAAUUGGGCCUGUCAGCCAGAAUGGGCAUAGAAGUGGUGAUGAGGCAAGUGCUCUUCGGAGCCGGAAACUACCACUUAGUGGAUGAAAACUUCAAACCUCUACCUGAUUAUUGGCUAUCUCUUCUGUUCAAGAAAUUGGUGGGCACCAAUGUGUUUAUGGCAAGUGUGAAAGGUCCAGACAGAAGUAAACUUCGAGUAUACCUUCAUUGUACCAACGUCAACCACCCAAGGUAUAAAGAAGGAGAUUUAACUUUGUACGCCUUAAACCUCCAUAACGUCACCAAACGCCUGCAGUUGCCCUAUCAUCUAUUUGACAAACAAGUGGACAAAUACCUCAUAAAACCUUUAGGGCCUGAUGGAUUACUUUCCAAAUCCGUCCAGCUCAAUGGUCGAACUCUGAAGAUGGUGGAUGAUCACACCCUCCCGGCUUUGACAGAGAAAGCUCUCCGCCCAGGAAGUUCACUGGGCUUGCCACCUUUCUCAUAUGGAUUUUUUGUGAUAAAAAAUGCCAAAGUUACUGCUUGCCUCUGA